AUGGAGCGGGCCAACAAGGCCAAGCCGUCGUCGUGGCAGCUGUUCCCGCUGGCCAUAAGCAGCGAGGAGGCUCCGAGGACGGCGCGCGUGGACGGCAAGGAGGUGAGAGUCUUCCCAUGCCUCUUCUGCGACAAGAUUUUCCUCAAGUCUCAGGCGCUGGGCGGCCACCAGAACGCGCACCGCAAGGAGCACCGCCUGGCCGCCCAAAGCGACCCAUACCGCCUGUGGAAUUCCAUCGCCUCGCACGGCGCUGAUCUGCAUCAGGUAGACCCGUCGUCCUCCGGCGCGGCAGAGAUGAUCAGCCGUCGUCUAAUCAGGGCCUCCUCCGUCGUCGCCGGCGCCGGGGAAGAGCCGGACCUCGAGCUCCGCCUCUAA